CUGUUGGUUCCAGCAAAGCCAUUGGGGGCGCCGGCCUGGGCUGGGGGAGGGUGGCGACUAACUCCGGAGUAGAGGUGAGGUCUGCUGGAAAUCCCCAGCCCCAGCAAGCUGCUGGAGAUUUAAAGACGCCUUCCCCGGCCUUAUUUGGUCUCAGGAAGUGGGCGGCGCCGGGCCUGCUGGUGGAGAGGCCGACCCGAGACAGUUGUGCUGAUGAAGUGGUAGAGCUGGUUCCUGCUCGCUUCCGUGCCGCGCUCGCCGGCUGGCCGCUGGGGCUCCGCGCUCCCAGCCCCGAGUUGUGCAAUCCUUUGUAGCAAGCCAGAGAGUCCUCCUCCUUCGCUGUUGCCUCUCGCCCUCUCUCUCUCUCUCUCUCUCUCUCUCUCUCUCUCUCUUUUUUUUUUUUCAAGCUGUGAGCUCAACCGAUGAGUCAGAGCAGUGCAAUCCUGACACUGCAUCGCAGGACCGGGGGUGACACGGAGGGAGGGAGAGCGAUAGCGAGGCGGACACCACCAGCGCGGGGUGCGCUGAGGCUCCUGCGCGGCGAGCGAGGGGUGACAACCCGCACGUCCCGCCCGGGCCCUACCAGCAAACUUCCCAGCCUCGGGAGGCGCGGGCUGGUGGAAGCCCUGCGAACGCCGCGGGGAGGUGGCGGCGCCUGUUUGUGUUUAAAAUCAGGGAGUGUGUGCAGGCGGCUGGAGUCUGGGAGGCGACCGAAGGCGGCGGCCCGCGGCGGAAAGGGGACGGCCGUUGCCGGAGCUUCGGCAACAGCGGCCUCCAGGGUCCUGUGGAGCAUCAUGAACUGGGAAGAGCAGACAACCUCAAGAGUGUCUCUGUGAAGAGGAAGGAAGAGCCAGCAGUUCUUUCUCCCUGUGCCUGACCAUUUCCCAGCAUUUUCCUCUGCCCCUGCUCUGCUGCCACUGGCUCCUGGACGAGGGCGGGGCUUCCAGCAGAACCUUCCCCCAGGGGAUGGGCAACUGGUAAAGUAGGUCUCACUACGGGGGCCCAGUUGGCCACACCAUGAACCUCCAGGCCCAGCCCAAGGGUCAGAACAAGCGCAAGCGUUGCCUCUUUGGGGACCAGGAAGCAGCUCCCAAGGAGCAGCCCCCACCCCUUCAAGCUCCACAACAGCCUCUGGCACCUCCACAGUCCACCAGAGUGAAGGAGGAGCCUUAUUUUGGGCACGAGGGUCCGACAGGGGCCGCCCCUGCCUCCCAACCUGUGGAACUACCUAACAGCCUGGCCCUGCUGAACUCCGUGGUGUAUGGGUCUGAGCGGACCACGGCGGCCAUGUUGUCCCAGCAGGUGGGCUCAGUCAAGUGGCCCAACUCUGUGAUGGCUCCAGGGCGGGGCCCGGAGCGCGGAGGGGGUGGGGGUGUCAGUGAUAGUGGGUGGCAGCAGCAGCCCGGCCAGCCUCCACCCCACUCAACCUGGAACUGCCACAGCCUUCCCCUCUACGGUGGACACAAGGGCAGCCCCCAUCCUGGCAUGGGGAUCUCUACCUACUAUAACCACCCUGAGGCACUGAAACGGGAGAAAGGAGGGGGGCCGCAGCUGGACCGCUACGGAAACUCAGUGCGGCCAAUGAUGCCACAGAAGGUGCAGCUGGAGGUAGGGCGGUCGCAGGCGCCCCUGAACUCUUUCCAUGUGGCCAAGAAGCCCCCGAACCAGACGCUGCCCCUGCAACCCUUCCAGCUGGCGUUCGGCCAUCAGGUGAACCGGCAGGUCUUCCGGCAGGGCCCACCGCCCCCCAAUCCCGUUGCCGCCUUCCCUGCACAGAAGCAGCAGCAGCCCCAGCAGCAGCCGCAGCAGGCAGCCCUGCCUCAGAUGCCGCUCUUUGAGAACUUCUACCCCAUGCAGCAGCCGCCCUCUCAGCAGCCCCAGGACUUUGGGCUGCAGCCGGCCGGGCCACUGGGACAGUCCCAUCUGGCUCACCACAGCAUGGCACCCUACCCUUUCCCCCCCAACCCUGACAUGAACCCGGAACUGCGCAAGGCCCUCCUGCAGGAGUCAGCCCCGCAGCCUGUGCUACCUCAGGCCCAGAUCGCCUUUCCCCGCCGCUCCCGUCGCCUCUCAAAGGAGGGCGUCUUGCCUUCCACCACCCUGGAUGGGGCUGGCACCCAACCUGGGCAGGAGCCUGCCAACCUGUUCCUACAUCACUGGCCCCCGCAGCAGCCACCCCCUGGGCCCCUGGGGCAGCCCCAUCCUGAAGCCCUGGGAUUCCCGCUGGAGCUAAGGGAGUCGCACUUGCUGUCUGAUGGGGAGAGACUGGCACCUAACGGUCGGGAACGGGAGGCUCCCGCCAUGGGCAGCGAGGAGGGCAUGCGGGCAGUGGGAACGGGGGACUGUGGGCAGGUGCUACGGGGUGGAGUGAUCCAGAGCACACGACGGAGACGCCGGGCGUCCCAGGAGGCCAAUUUGCUGACCCUGGCCCAGAAGGCAGUGGAGCUGGCCUCAAUGCAGACCGCAAAGGAUGCCAAUGGCUGUGAGGAGAAGCGGAAAAGUGUAUUGGCUUCAACUACCAAGUGUGGGGUGGAGUUUUCUGAGCCUUCCUUAACUGCCAAGCGAGCACGAGAGGACAGCGGGAUGGUGCCCCUCAUUAUCCCGGUGUCUGUACCUGUGCGGACUGUGGACCCAACUGAGGCGGCCCAUGCUGCAGGUGUUGACGAGGACGGGAAGGGUCCUGAACAGAACCCCACUGAACACAAGCCAUCGGUCAUUGUCACCCGCAGACGGUCUACCCGUAUCCCCGGGACUGAUGCCCCAGCUCAGGCUGAGGACAUGAAUAUCAAGAUGGAGGGGGAAACUUCGGUGCGGAAACCAAAGCAACGGCCCCGGCCUGAGCCCCUGAUCAUCCCCACCAAAGCGGGCACUUUCAUCGCCCCUCCUGUCUACUCCAACAUCACCCCCUACCAGAGCCACCUGCGUUCUCCUGUCCGCCUGGCCGACCACCCCGCUGAGCGGAGCUUUGAGCUGCCCCCCUACACACCACCCCCCAUCCUCAGUCCUGUGCGGGAAGGCUCUGGCCUCUACUUCAAUGCCAUCAUGUCAACCAGCAGUAUCCCAGCCCCUCCUCCCAUCACGCCAAAGAGUGCCCAUCGUACUCUGCUCCGCUCUAAUAGCGCUGAAGUCACCCCGCCUGUCCUGUCUGUGAUGGGGGAGGCCACCCCAGUGAGCAUUGAGCCACGGAUCAACGUGGGCUCUCGGUUCCAAGCGGAAAUCCCCUCAAUGAGGGACCGUGCCCUGGCAGCUGCAGACCCUCACAAGGCCGACUUGGUGUGGCAGCCAUGGGAGGACCUAGAGAACAGCCGGGAGAAGCAGAGGCAAGUGGAAGACCUGCUGACAGCGGCCUGCUCCAGCAUUUUCCCUGGAGCUGGCACCAACCAGGAGCUGGCCUUGCACUGUCUGCACGAGUCCAGGGGAGACAUCCUGGAAACGCUGAAUAAGCUGCUACUGAUAAAGCCCAUGAGGCCCCACAACCACCCACUGGCAACUUAUCACUACACAGGCUCCGACCAGUGGAAGAUGGCUGAGAGGAAGCUGUUCAACAAGGGCAUUGCCAUCUACAAGAAGGAUUUCUUCUUGGUGCAGAAGCUGAUCCAGACCAAGACUGUGGCCCAGUGUGUGGAGUUCUACUACACCUACAAGAAGCAGGUGAAAAUUGGCCGCAAUGGGACGCUCACCUUUGGGGAUGUGGAUGCAAGUGACGAGAAGUCAGCCCAGGAAGAGGUUGAAGUGGAUAUUAAGACUUCCCAGAAGUUCCCCAGGGUGCCUCCUUCCAGAAGAGAGUCCCCAAGUGAAGAGAGGCUGGAGCCCAAGAGGGAAGUAAAGGAGACCAGGAAGGAGGGGGAGGAGGAAGUGCCAGAGAUCCAGGAGAAGGGGGAACAGGAAGAGGGGCGAGAGCGAAGCCGGCGGGCAGCGGCUGUCAAAGCCACGCAGACACUACAGGCCAAUGAGUCGGCCAAUGACAUCCUCAUCCUCCGAAGCCAUGAGUCCAAUGCCCCUGGGUCUGCUGGUGGCCAGGCGUCAGAGAAGCCAAGGGAGGGCGCAGGGAAGUCGCGAAGGGCACUACCUUUUACAGAGAAGAAGAAAAAAGUAGAGGCAUUUAAUAAGACCCAAAAUCAGGAGAACACUUUUCCUUGUAAAAAAUGUGGCAGGGUGUUUUACAAGGUGAAGAGCCGCAGUGCGCACAUGAAGAGCCAUGCAGAACAGGAGAAGAAGGCCGCUGCUCUGAGGCAGAGGGAGAAAGAGGCCGCUGCUGCGGCUGCAGCUGCUGCCUCCCCCCACCAGCCUGCCCUGCGGGAGGAGAGCUCGGGCGAGAGGGGCUGACAAGGAAGGAAGGCUCGGCUGGAAGGCCCAGGACUGGCCCUUCCCCCUGGGGGGCUGGCCCUCCCUGCACCAGCCUGCGAAAACGCCUGCAAGCGCCCUGGAACCUCCAGACAGAGAGGAGAGAUCACGUGGACUUUUCUCUGAAAAACAAAUAAGACAAUAAAAUAAACAGCUCUUUUAUUUAUAAAGGCCCCAGGAGCAGUGUUAAGGGCUGCAGGAUCCAGUUCUCUGUGCAUUCGGUCUGUCAGAAGUUGUCCUCUUGCUUUCCUGGAACUAUGAGAAUCCCUGCUCACUGGGGCUGCCCUCUGGGAGGGGCUCCAGCUGCUGCCACCGCUGCCUCUUACACUGGGACCCCUGCUGCAAUGCAGUCUCUUCCCUUUUUGUUCCCCUGCUCCCCUUGGUCACCACGGAGCGCCAAGCACAAGCUCACUACCCCCCCUUGCAGCAUUAUUCCCCCGCUCCAGAGGACCUCAAAUGCCCUGCCCCAAGCCCUGGAAAAAGGGACUCCCUUGGAGGGAUUGUGGUGGCCAUACCUGAGAGGAAGCUCAGCCUGGCACCUGUGCUGUCCCCUACAUGACAAUGUCCAGGCCUGAGCUGCUCCAGUGAUCCUGUCCUCAAAGAGGCCACCUUCUCCCUGGGAGGGAAGCUACCAGAAUUCCUGGAGGGAGAGAGACUAAGGACAGGUACUUAUCCCUUUUCUGCUUGCUAAUAGCCUUCUGGGGCUGGAAAGUUUUCUCUGAUGUUUGGGGAAAGGGCCAAUGUCCCUGUCCAAGCUCUCAGCCUGCUGGAGGUAAGGAAACUGCUGAGGAUGGAAGCUCCAGGGCUAGGCCUGAGGGAGCUUUUGAUGAGCCUUGGAUCUUCCUACUUCCCACCUUUUUGCCAAAUACUUUGGGCCCUGGAAGCUGCUAAGGGAGCUUAGCCCAGGCCCAGCCUGCCCCUCCUUGGUGCAAGUUCCCUGCCUGCUUCUGUCCUGCCCUUAGCAACUGUCACCUAACCCCACCCCACAUGGUCUCUGCUGAUAGCCACAGCCCAGCCCCCAGUCCUACAUGCUGGAGAUUUCUGGAUCCUUCCCUGGGAGGGGGAGGUCUCCUAACCAGAUUGGACAGGAGCCUUCAUUUCUUGACUUGGGUCAUUUGGGAGCUAUUUAUUUAUUCUUAAUAUUUAAUUUUUAACAUCCUCUCAGGGACCAGGGGCCUCCUGCUUUUCAGAGGCCCAAGUGCAUUUAUCCCAAAACAAGGCACCUUCUUGUCAUCUCCCCGCCCCCCGCUCCCCCCAUUCCCAAGACCCUAAGGUCCCUCACCUUGUUGCUCUGGAACUUCUUGCCAGUAGAAUGAUAGUAACACUGAAAGGAUGGGAAGGUGGAAGUUGUCACCAAAGCCACAUACAGACUAGGAGGAGCAAGGGACAUCAAAGGCACUUCUUGUUGCUACCUCUUCUCUGUCUGUACUUUCAAAUUGCCGGAGGGGAUGGCUAGAAGCCAGAAGUCUGGUUUUGUUUUUGGCUUGAAGUAGCCGUAUUUGGCAUGGAGUUCACUGGAGUGAAAGGGCUGGAAGGUUUUGGAGGCCCCUUCCCUUGCCAGUCCCACAGGAGGGCUGAGUUAUUUUUCUGAUCUUGUUACUCAAUUUUAGUUGUGUAAAAGAACCUCUAAGUGAGUGCAAGUAGAUAUAUGACAAGUCAACCUGUUAGGAAGGAGCCAAAAAGUACUCAUUCUGCUACUCCUUUUGAGAUAGCUUAAAGCAUCAUGUUGGUAGCCGGGAGUGGAAGGCUGUUUUGUUUCUAAACUAUGCACUAUCGGGUAUUUUUCAGCAUUCAUUUAAUGCAUUAAUAUGGUCCUACAGGACCCCAGCUAUGGGAGCAACAAAAUUCUAACCCAGUUAAUUUCUUCUAUAAGCUCGUUAAGUUCAAUACCCCAAGAUUGCAAAAAUCUGGUAUACACUCCAGAAAACAGAGAGGUAGCAAAUUUAGGCUCUUUUCUAAAUCACUUGUGUAAUCUGAGUGCCUUCACAGCUUUGCCCCAAAGUGCUACUUAUGUUUCCCAAGGUUUUUUCUAUUUAAAUUGUGUUUAGUUUCAGGCCCCUUUAUGAACAUGUAACAGAAACCUCCUUUGUCUAGAGUGAUUCUCCUUUUCUAAGCUCAUAGGAGACCAGACCAGGUGAAUGUAGGUAGAGUACAUCAAGAUGACACCUCUCUGUAUAAAUCCCACCAGACACCGUAUUUUAGAAGGGUUCAUGUUCCAGGAUAGACAUAUCUAGAAUGCAGUGUGAGAGUUAAAAAUGUUUAGAGGGCAAAUGCAAUUGUGGCAAGUAACGUGCCAAUUAAGUAGGUGCAGCCAUAGCAGCUGGCAUAGGUAUAUUUUUUAUGGUGCUUUCUCCCGGUGAACAUAUUAGGCUCAUCUUUUGUUUCUUCUUCUAUUCAGAGCUCUUUGCUUUAAGAAGUUAAAUGACAAAACAUCUCCAGCUUUAUAAUGUCCUCCCCACACCAUCUCACAUAGCCAUCUCCCAGCCUCCAUCUGCACUCAGUUAAGGGCAUGAAACUAACUUAGUGCCUGUGUUCCAGACCAUUUCUGAGGUCUCUUACCCACCCAAGGAGAUAGUGCUUCAGCACUGUCCUCCAUGCCUUCAGCAGCCCCCCUCACAGAUAAUGUACCCACCCAUCCCUUCUGCCACCCCAUCCCCACCCCUGGCACAGAGGUCGUGUGCUGCUUAUGUCUAAAGGUAUCCCCUAUAUUUAACUGCCUCAGUGACCUAACCUCUUUCUUCUCAUGUGCCAGAUGCUAAGAUGAAGGAGGAAUACAAUACAUACUCAAGCCCCAGCUGUUUAAAUGUUUUUACUGGGGCUCACUUUUCUCGGAUGGUAUUUAUUACCAGACUGGCAAGCCUAACUCCUUAGGUUUACAGGAAGUAUACAUAUUUUUAUAAAACAAUUGUAUGUCCUCCACAUAUUUUGCUGUGUUAAUAUUUGCCUCUAACAAUUUGCAGCUGUUUCACCUUUUCCUCAUUUGUCUCUAAAUUGAAGGCCUUGUUGGAGAGAACAGAGCACAGGAACAGCUUUGACAGUCUGUAAUUAUUGUACAAAUAUUUUAAUAGCAUAUAAAUAAGUAUAUUCCUUUUAUUUUGGAAAAAAAUGAACAGACACUGCCUUUUGUGUGUUUGCUGCCUGUGGCACCCUUUUUAAAAAAGACUGUUACAUGUUAAAAUAGUGUACAUAUAUAUAUAAAUAUUACCUCUUUUGCUGUACAGUUGUGAUAGACCAGACGGAAGAUUUUAUUUUUUGUGUGCUUUUUAUAUAAAAAAAUUAAUACACUAAAGAAAAUCUUGCUGAUGUGAUUGUAAUGUACCUAUGUAACUUAUUUACUUUUGAAUGUUCUUCUGUAUCUUUAAACCUUUUAUUACAUAAGGUUUUAAAAAUUCA